AUGGAUCCAAAAUCUAUUGCGCUGCUCCAAAUCAUCAGAGAGGUGACCGAAAGUUCUUCUUCUGAAGAAGACAUUGAAGAUCAAGACUCAUCGUCGAGCAGCGAGGAUGAAGCGAGCACCCUCAAAGCUCUCGCAGGGGCAAUUUGCCUGACCAAAAAGAGAGGCCCACUUAAUAAAAGACCCCAAAUUGAGGGUUAUGUUGAAAAUAUUGUUCCAAAAUACACGGACGCGGAGUUUAAGUCUCAUUUUAGAUUGCUUCCCGCAACAUUUGAGUAUGUUCUGGAACUCAUUGGCCCUCGUCUUCACAGAGUGGGAUCUACAGGGAGGCCACAGACACCAGCCCGUACCCAAUUACUGAUGGCUUUGUGGAUGAUGGCUACGCCGAAUAGCUACCGAUCUGUUCACUCAAGAUUUAAUGUGGGAAAGGCCACAAGUAUACGCAUCAUGCGUAGAGUUUCAAAAGCUCUGCAUGAAAUCGCUCCUCGCUUCAUCCAGUGGCCUCAGGGUGAGCGAGCAGCUCGAGUAACCACAGACUUCGAAAAGCACAGUGCCUUCCCAGGAGCAAUAGGAGCUAUUGAUGGGACGCACGUGGAGAUUAAGCAGCCACAAGAUGACCAACACCAGGCAUAUGUGAAUAGAAAAGGGUAUCCUUCUAUACAAAUACAGGCUGUCUGCACCCACGACCUGCAGUUCACCAGUGUUUACGCAGGUCAUGCUGGCUCAGUGCAUGAUGCCAGAGUGUUCAGACUAUCCCCUGUAGCCCAGUAUGUAACAAAUCCUGAUGUUUAUUUCCCAAAUGAUUCGCACCUUAUUGGUGAUGCGGCUUAUGGUAUCCAUCCGCACAUCAUGGUGCCAUUCAAAGAUGAUGGCCACCUGACAGCCAGGCAGAAAAACUUUAAUUUUUGUUUGUCCUCAGCAAGAGUGUCCAUAGAAAGAGCUUUUGGUGUAUGGAAGGGAAGGUGGAGGAGUGUUCUUGAGUGUUUCCCCAUGGUUAAGAUCGAAAACAUCCCAGAGUAUUUAGUGGCCACCAUGGUGCUCCACAAUAUUUGCAUCAUGAGAAAUGAUCUGAUUGAGUAUCAAGAGAUGCCAGAAGAUUUACUAGAACGUGGCAUUUUAUUGGGUGAUAGAAAAAUAGAAGGAAAAUUUUCACAGCUCAAGUUCAUUGGGAAGCUAGGUGCAGAGUUACAUGACACAGGACUGGACAUCAACAGCACUUCAUUCACAGUAAUUGCAUUGCAAGUGCAUUGCGGUCUUGUCCAUGUGCAUGUAACUCAGCGCAUGGCAAACCCAAUGAACUCGCAGUGCAAAUGCUGCAUUGUGCUUUUAGGAACAAAACCCAAGUUCAUUGGGAAGCAAGGUGCAGAGUUACAUGACAUGGGAGUAGACAUCAACAGCACUUCAAUCACAGUAAUUGCAUUGCAUGUGCAUUGCGGUCUUGUCCAUGUGCAUGUAACUCUGCGCAUAGCAAACCCAAUGAACUCGCAGUGCAAAUGCUGCAUUGUGCUUAUAGGAACAAAAGUAAAACAUAAUACUAAGCUUACAGACUAUAGGGAGUUCAGAAUCAUAAAAAUAUCAAAACUAAACACUAUCACAGAUUUUCACAGCCCAAGUUCAUUGGGAAGCAAGGUGCAGAGUUACAUGACACAGGGACUAGACAUCAACAGCACUUCAUUCACAGUAAUUGCAUUGCAUGUGCAUUGCGGUCUUGUCCAUGUGCAUGUAACUCAGCGCAUGGCAAACCCAAUGAACUUGCAGUGCAAAUCCUGCAUAGUGCUCAUAAACUUAGGAACUACAAGAGUACAUUAG